GAGAUGGGUUCUCACUGUGUUGUCUAAGCUGAUCUCAAACUCCUGGCCUCAAGUGAUCCUCCUGCCUCAGCCUCCCAAAGUGCUGGGAUCACAGUGCCUGCUCACCGUGGUUAAGUUACUUGCCACUGUCACCACCCAGGAGGUACAGAAGGAGGAGUUAAGGUGUUCUUCUCCUUGUCCACUGCCGCAGACCUUGAUCUGACCUGACUGACCACUUCCCUUGGCUACCAUGCUCCUGCCUCUAGUCUUGCUUUUGCCACUUCAUGCCUUCCCCACUGUGCCGCCAGAUGAGUCAUUCUGAAACCAAGCUCUGAUGUCACCUCCCAUUCAUGAAUUAUAUUGAUGACCAUGAGAUCCCUGCUCAGAACCCCCUUCCUGUGUGGCCUGCUCUGGGCCUUUUGUGCCCCAGGCACCAGGGCUGAGGAGCCUGCAGCCAGCUUCUCCCAACCCGGCAGCAUGGGCCUGGAUAAGAACACAGUGCACGACCAAGAGCACAUCAUGGAGCAUCUAGAAGGUGUCAUCAACAAACCAGAGGCGGAGAUGUCGCCACAAGAAUUGCAGCUCCAUUACUUCAAAAUGCAUGAUUAUGAUGGCAAUAAUUUGCUUGAUGGCUUAGAACUCUCCACAGCCAUCACUCAUGUCCAUAAGGAGGAAGGGAGUGAACAGGCACCACUAAUGACCGAAGAUGAACUGAUUAACAUAAUAGAUGGUGUUUUGAGAGAUGAUGACAAGAACAAUGAUGGAUACAUUGACUAUGCUGAAUUUGCAAAAUCACUGCAGUAGAUGUUAUUUGGCCAUCUCCUGGUUAUAUACAAAUGUGACCCGUGAUAAUGUGAUUGAACACUUUAGUAAUGCAAAAUAACGGAUUUCAAACUACUGCUGCAGCAUUUUGGUAAAAACCUGUAGCGAUUCGUUACACUGGGUUGAGAAGAGAUAAGAGAAAUGAAAGAGAAGAGAAAUGGGACAUCUAAUAGUCCCUAAGUGCUAUUAAAUACCUUAUUGGACAAGCGCUUGCUUAAAGCAUCUGUAUUAGUCUGUUCUGAUGCUGCUGAUAAAGACAUACCCGAGACUGAGAAGAAAAAGAGGUUUACUUGGACUUACAGUUCCACAUGGCUGGGGAGGCCUCAGAAUCAUGGCGGGAGGUGAAAGGCACUUCUUACAUGGCAGCAAGAGAAAAUGAGGAAGAAGCAAAAGCAGAAACCCCUGAUAAACCCAUCAGAUCUUGUGAAGCUUAUUCACUAUCAUGAGAAUAGCAUGGGAAAGACUGGCCCCCAUGAUUCAUUUACCUCCCCUUGGGUCCCUCCCACAACACAUGGGAAUUCUGGGAGAUACAAUUUCAAGUUGAGAUUUGGGUGCGGACACAGCCAAACCAUAUCAUUCUACCCCUGGCCCCUCCAAAUCUCAUGUCCUCACAUUUCAAAACCAAUCAUGCCUUCCUAACAGUCCCCCAAAGUCUUACUCUUUUUAGCAUUAACCCAAAAAUCCACAGUACAAAGUCUCAUCUGAGAAAAGGCAAGUCCCUUCCACCUAUGAGCCUGUAAAAUCAAAAGCAAGCUAGUUACUUCCUAGAUACAACAUGGGUACAGGUAUUGGGUAAAGACAGCUGUUCCAAAUGGGAGAAAUUGGCCAAAAUAAAGGGGUUACAGGGCCCAUGCAAGUCCGAAAUCCAGCAAGGCAGUCAAAUUUUUAAGUUCCAGAAUAAUCUUUGACUCCAGGUCUCACAUCCAGGUCAUACUAUGCAGGAAGUGGGUUUCCAUGGUCUUGGGCAGCUCUGCCCCUGUGGCUUCGCAGGGUACAGCCUCCCUCCUGGCUGCUUUCACAGCUGGUGUUGAGUGCCUGUGGCUUUUCCAGGUGCACGGUGCAAGCUGUUGGUGGAUCUACCAUUCUGGGGUCUGGGGUCUGGAGGAUGGUUGCCCUCUUCUCACAGCUCCACUAGGCAGUGCCCCAGUAGGGACUCUGUGUGGGGGCUCCCACACCACAUUUCCCUUCUGCACUGCCCUAGCAGAGGUUCUCUCCCCUGCAGCUGAGAGGGCCCCUCCCUGCAGCAAACUUUUGCCUGGGCAUCGAGGCAUUUCCAUACAUCUUCUGAAAACUAGGCGGAGGUUUACAAAUCUCAAUUCUUGACUUACGUGCACCUGCAGGCUUAACAGCACGUGGAAGCUGCCAAGGCUUGGGGCUUCCACUCUCUGAAACCACAGCCCGAGCUGUAUGUUGGCCCCUUUCAGCCAUGGCUGGAGUGGCUGGGACACAGGACACCAAGUCCCUAGGCUGCACACACAUGUCAGGGGCUGCCCUGACAUGGCCUGGAGACAUUUUCCCCAUGGUGUUGGGGAUUAACAUUAGGCUUUUUGCUACUUACACAAAUUUCUGCAGCUGGCUUGAAUUUCUCCCCAGAAAAUGGGUUUUUCUUUUCUAUUGCAUAGUCAGGCUGCAAAUUUCCAAACUUUUAUGCUUUGCUUCCCUUAUAAAACUGAAUGCCUUUAAAAGCACCCAAGUCACCUAUUGAACACUUUGCUGCUUAGAAAUUUCUCCCACCAGAUAACCUAAAUCAUCUCUCUCAAGUUCAAAGUUCCACAAAUCCCUAUGGAAGGGGCAAAAUGCUGCCAGUCUCUUUGCUAAAACAUAACAAGAGUCACCUUUACUCCAGUUCCCAACAAGUUCCUCAUCUUCAUCUGAGACCACCUCAGCCUGGACUUUAUUGUCCAUAUCGCUAUCAGCAUUUUGGGCAAAGCCAUUCAAGAAGUCUGUAGGAAGUUCCAAACUUUACCACAUUUUCCUGUUUUCUUCUAAGCCCUUCAAACUGUUCCAGCCUCUGCCUGUUACCCAGUUCCAAAGUCGCUUCCACAUUUUGGGUAUUUUUUCAGCAAUGCCCCACUCUACUAGUACCAAUUUACUAUAUUAGUCUGUUUUCACGCUGCUGAUAAAGACAUACCCAAGACUGGGAAGAAAAAGUGGUUUAAUUGGAUUUAACAGUUCCACGUGGUGGGGAGGCCGCAGAAUCAUGGUGGGAGGCGAAAGACACUUCUUACAUGGUGAGAAAAAAUGAGGAAGAAGCAAAAGCAGAAACCCCGGAUAAACCAAUCGGAUCUCAUGAGACUUAUUCACUGUCACGAGAAUAGCACGGGAAAGAACGGCCCCCAUGAUUCAUUUACCCCCCCUUUCCCAGGUCUGUCCCACAACACGUGGGAAUUCUGGGAGAUGCAAUUCAAGUUGAGAUUUGUGGGGGGACACAACCAAACCGUAUCAGCAUCCUUUCAAGAAUAUUAGAUAAUUGGAGCUGAGUACUCAGGAACUUGACUGUAGUAGAAUACUGCUAGUUUCUUAAUUUUAAUUCACGUUACCUGAAGAGUAAAACAACAGGCUUUGCCAAGUGGAUGCUUUUCAGUAACAGUGAAGGAGUGGAGUGAAUGCCAAAUGUUUGCCCUGGUGGUUCCUAUCUCUUCAGGUAAACAUGGUCAGUAUUCUGUAAAGUUCCCCUGGCCUAAAUGAUUACUUGCUCUGGGCAAGUGGAUAUUUAUUAGGCUAUUUCAAAGCCACAGCAUAAGAAUGUCAGCCUAGCCACAGAGUCUGAGAUUCUGAGUUCAGCCUAGCCACAGAGUCUAAGAUUCUGUAUCCUCUGACAUUUUGGAAAUGAUACACUACUGGCUUAAGUGAUGACUCUUUUUCAGAUUUUCGGUAUUUUGUACAACUACUGCCACAUCCUUAUACUUUAUUGCUUUUCUGUCUUCUUCAACCUGGGAGAGACCUUGAAUUUAAGUGUGUUCUCUAAUCAAUAGUGUUUUAGCUUUCUUAAUAUUUCUAUUUCACUCUUGUUUCUAGGGUUUUUUAUUUGCAUUUUAGGAACUAUUAGGAAUGUCAGGACUUUAUCAGCAGGGGUAAAACUACCACCUGGCCUAGCCUAAGUAGGAAGUGAAAAGAUAAUUCACCAAACAAUGAUUAAUCAGAUAGAAGUUCUAGUCAGGAGGGAUAUUGUUGAAGUUACCUCCUUUAGCCUAGAUACAUGGAUUCUUUUCAAAUCAGGAAAGAAUAGAAAAGGAACCCAGAAAACCCUUUAACAGUGUGAAUCUUAACAAUAUUUGAAAAUAAGAAGCAGCAGCAGAUUGUAAUUUGGUUUAUUGGGUGUGAUGGACGUUCUGUAAUAGAAAAUCUGAAACGAUGAUUGAAUGGGAAAAAGAGACUACAUAAAAUUUGCCGUAAGAUGUAUACAGACUUGUUUAUUAAAGUAUUAUAAGAAAACAUAUGUAUUUGUAAAAAUGGUUUCCUGUGUCAAGUAUUUGUGCAGUCAGAGCUGACUUGUAAACUAUUCUUGUAAUAGCUCAUUAUUUUGAAAGAUUUAUAUAUGAUGAAUUCUGGAUAUAUGACCAAUAAAACUGAUGAAACAAAA